AUGUUUACUGUCAUUGAAGCAGCUUGCUCUUCAAUCAUCAAUGCCAGUGUAGCCCUAGUUUUAAAAUAUGUGAUCAAAGGUUUGAAGGUGGCCAAGUCUGAGUUUGACAGUGAUGGCAGUGCUAUUGGUCAACUGCGGGAAUUAAUUGACUACCUUGAAGCCGUGGACACUUUAAAACAUUCAACUGAUGAACAACAAGUAGCACGUCUCAUUGAGCAACAUCAGCUCUCAUAUGAACAUGUUCCCAGUAUACACCUCAACUCUUUUGAAGUGUGGAACACAUUGGUACACAGACUACCUUUGUCAAUGUUGUUGCAACAUAUCUCCAAAAUUGCCAGCCAAGGAUUGUUAGAACCAACCUGUGAUACUUCAAAACACAUGAUUGAAAGACUUCAAAAUGUUGAUGAAAUUGUUUCUGAAAAGAUUCAUCCCUAUUCCGUGUUGAUUUCAAUGCGUACAUAUGAGCAGGGCAAAGGUCUUCGCCGAAAAUGGACCCGCAAUUCAAAUAUUGUUGCUGCCCUUAACUCAACACUUAAUACGUCCAUUCAGAAUGUGCCUCGUACUGGUAAGCGGUAUUUAAUUGCUGUGAAGGUUGGUGACAAUAUGUUCCGCUGUGCAGUGCGGGGUGCUCCUGUAAUAUCCACCACUCUGGCUGCUGCCCUCAUGUCAAUGUUGAUUUCUCGUAAAGAAGAACACUUUCAACUUUUGCUUCUCCUGCCAACUGGUGCACUGAACUUAAAACUCAGUGCAGAUAUGCAAAUUUCUGAAAUUUGUGAUCAAAUUGCUGGUUUCUCUGUAUCUUAUGGAGGAAUGUUGCCCUACAAUGCUCGUGAUUUGUCAUUACCAAUAAAAUGGGCCAUUUCAAACAAGUUGCCAGUUGAUGUGUUCCUUGUGCUUACUGAUUGCCGUGAAUGUAUAAGUGACAUUUCCCCUGCAGAGGCUCUGAAGCAGUACAGGAAGGAUAUGAAUCUCCCGGAGGCUAAAUAUAUCAACUGUGCCAUGUCAACUAACCGACUGCGGUUUGCUGAUCCUUCUGACAAUGGCAUGCUGGAUAUUGCUGGUUUUGAUGAAAAUGCUCCACGAGUGAUCCAUGAUUUUGUGCUUGGCAACCUCUGA